UCUCCAAGUCCUGCCAAGCACCCGACCAUCCAUGCCUUCCACGGCAGCCUCGUACCAAUCUAUCCCGACUGCGCGACCGACGACGCCGAGAUUAGAUGGAGAAGCACAGUUUCUGAGUGAUGCUUUCGCCUCUGUCCCACCAUCGCGGACACCCUCCCGCGCAUCAUCGUUUACGUCGGCAACACGACUCCGCACAUCGGCUUCGCGGAGGAAGGUGGGACACAAGGAGGGUACGGCGUCGAUAUGGUCCUCUUUUAUCAACCUAGCAAACACGAUCUUGGGAGCGGGGAUCUUGGCCAUGCCUCACGCACUCUCAUCAACUGGACUCGCACUCGGAUGUUGCGCAAUUGUCUUCGCGGGUUGCACCAGCUCACUCGGGCUCUACCUCCUCUCACGCUGCGCAACGCGUCUGGAACCCGGUCACGCAUCGUUCUUCGCCCUCGCGAAGCGCACAUACCCUAGUGCGGCACCAAUCUUCGACACAGCCAUUGCGAUCAAAUGUUUUGGCGUGGCGGUGAGUUAUAUGAUCAUCAUAGGUGACCUAAUGCCACAAGUCAUCGCAUCAAUUAUCUUCACGCCCUCUCCCUUUCUGCUGGAACGCGGAUUCUGGAUCAGUGCGUCGCUGCUGGUGAUUAUCCCCGUCUCCUUUUUGCGACGUCUGGAUUCACUAAAAUACACCUCCAUCAUCGCACUCUUCGCCGUGGCGUACCUCGUCCUCACCGUCGUAUACCACUACAUCCGCGGGGACACUCUAGAGCAGCGUGGUCCCAUCAAAUACUGGGAAUGGUCUGGACCCCGCGCAUUGUUGUCCGCCCUUCCGGUGUUCGUGUUCGCAAACACCUGCCACCAAAACAUCUUCUCCAUUAUCAAUGAACUCGCCCUUCCCACCCAACGGCGAGUUAACACCACCAUCGCUCUAUCAAUCGGCACCUCAACCUCGCUGUACCUCCUUGUUGGCAUCACCGGUUAUCUUAGCUACGGCGAUAACGUCGCAGGCAAUAUCAUCUCCAUGUAUUCCGGCGGCCUCGGACUAACCCUCGGCCGUUUGGCUAUCGUCAUGUUGUUUCUCUUCUCCUACGCACUACAAGCACAUCCAUGCCGUGCUUCACUGGAUAAAGUCAUCACGUCCCUCCGCUCUCCUCCGUCUUCUGUCAUGGAAUCACCACGCUCGGUACGGAGCAUGACGGUUACUACACAGAUGUCAGACGCGAGGUUCAGUGGGUUAACGGCUGGUAUCGUCAUCUGCUCUUACGUCGUCGCGAUGCUCGUGACGAGCUUGGAAAGGGUGCUGGCCUAUGUCGGAGCAACCGGCUCCACCACCAUCUCCUUUAUCUUGCCCGGGUUGUUCUACUGGGCCAUAUCCCGCAAAUCCGGCCACGCUCUCGUCAAACAAGACGACCCCCAAUCCUCCUCUGACUCGGAUUUGGAUAGUGGGGAAGAUGAGGACGAAGACGAUGUCGUGAAGAAGAGAAAGACCAAGAAAGGUGUCUGGAUGAGACGCAUUGCGUUAAGUUUGGCCAGUUAUGGGGUUGUUGUUAUGGGCGUUUGUUUGUGUACACUUUGGGCUGGGGUUGGGAGUGGUAGUCAUUAAGGCGUUGCAUGGUUCCCUUCGCUGUUCCCCUCCUUCACAAUGGCAAUUACAACUACAUGGCGACAGUUAUACACGUCAAUUGAUUGAAGCGGUGUCCAAUCUUCCCACGGUC